UGAGAGGAAAUUUUGACCGCGAUAUUUACAUGUUCUAAGUCGAAUAUUCUUCUUACUUCUAAAACAAUGUAAUUAAAGCGGAAGGUCAUCUUGUUUCGGACUGCCAAAAGCCCAUGGCAAACAACUUGAAAUUUGGCUCAUAAAACGCACUAUGGCAGCUCGGCCAAGCUUGUACAAUGAGGACAGAGACGUGUUGCGGCGCAGAGAGUGGGAGCGACGGAACCAGGAGACGCAGCAGGAGAGAGAAUUCUACCUAGAGAACGCCCCCCUCUUUGGGGAACCCUACAAGACAAACAAAGGAGAUGAGCUGUCCAGUCGAAUCCAGAGGAUGCUGGGCAAUUAUGAGGACGUUAACAGCUUUCAUCUGAACCAGCACGAUGGCGUACCCAAGGAUCUCCCUCCUCCCUCACAGUACGGGAGAUCCAGUCGACCUGGUCACACGGACAAAACCAAAACCCCAUUCCAGAACCCCUCUCCAUAUGGGGAAGGUCAUUCAAGUCAAGCCAGCUAUAGCACUUCUCAGCAGCAGAAGAAACACUCAGCGCAAGAGCAUCUCCCCGCAUCUUCCACAUACAGUCACUCUGUUGGGUACAAUUCAGAGUGCCCACUAGAGCACCACCAAAGAAAAGGCGAAACAUGGCCAGACUGCACCAGUUUGCCCUCAGUUCUCCCAGCCUUGUCCCCCCCUGCUGAACCCCUGUCCCCAUUACAUUCCAGUGAUGCCAGCGACUCGGAGCACCAGGAUAUAAACGAGAGGGAUUCUCCAGCUCACCAGGGCUCCUCUCCAGAACACCGAAGCUCCACCAGCAGGGUGGAGGUGUCCCACCAACAGGACAUCAAGAAGGAAGCUCCUCUGCAGAGCACCGAGGCACCCCCAUUGGCCUCCCAAACUUUCUCCCUGCCUCUGUCCGCUAAACCUUACCUGGUCAUGCCCCCGAAACCCACAGCUUAUGUUCGGCCCAUGGAUGGCCAGGACCAGGUGACCAGCGAGUCUCCAGACCUGAAACCCUCACCUGAGGACUUCCAUGGACAGUCUUAUGAGAACUUGCCUGACCUAAAGAACAGCAACAAGCCCAGCCUUCCUCCACUGAAGAUGCCCUCACAGUCUAUUGAGACGCUGUCAAAUGAGGUCCAUUGUGUGGAGGAAAUUUUGAGGGAAAUGACCCAUUCUUGGCCUCCUCUGGUAACUGCCAUUCAGACGCCCAGCACAGCAGAGCCCUCCAAAUUCUCUUUCCCUGUGAAGGAAUCACAUGUUCAUGCAGGAUACCCAGGCCAAAAACACCAUGAAUCAUCCCCAAAAGUUUCAUCGUCACCCUGUCAGGAGGACUCAGUAGUGUCUCAAGACUGCAGUGCUCCUCAGUCAGCACAUUCCAGUGGUGGAGAGUCGGCAAGCUCCAGUGACUCAGAGAGCAGCUCAGGCUCUGAGUCGGACAGCGAGAGUGCCACCGAGGAGACCUUGCCAGUCCCCAGAAACAAUCCCCCUCCACCCAAGGCGGAAGGUCCAGCAGGGGACUGGCUGUUGUGUCGAUGGCUGCCAGCCACACAGCAGAGUAUAAACCCAGAGAAUCAGGGUGAUGGCAUCACCCCAAGCCCCAGUGCUGCCACUAAACCGCAGUCCAGCGUCCACACCGAGGACUACAACUCCCAUAUUCCACCGGCACGGCUGCCGUUCAGCGAAACUGAAAGUAAGCCCCAGGGUUCUAGCCAGCAUGGCCACCACAAGUCUCCUGAACACCGUGAGACUCAAGGCAGCAAAAGGAAGGUGGUGGGUAACAAGCACCCAUUAAAGAACACUAAAGCGCACCGUCCGGAGGAGACCCGGACAGGCGUAUGCGUGGAGAGCGUCACGGUGGCACCCCGCGACUCAGACCCUGCUUUCACAGACCGCCCAAAGGUGAAAACGAAAACGCCCCACGGGCAGGGCAGCACCAAAGCGGACAUUAAAAAACCUGAGAAGCGUGCCUCUUCAGUGAAGAAGAAGACGCAAGAACCUACUCCUAAGGUCACGGUAACAAUAGCCAGUACAAAGGAGAGUGACCCUGCACCUGCACCUGCGUCUAGUCCAGCGCGUGUGCGGGCCUCUUCGCCUUCCCAGCCCGUCAAAUCCAGCAGCUUACAAACAGACACGCUCAGUGUUCAGAAGCCCUCAAAAAAACAUCGCAGGAGCUCACUUUCUAAGAACAGAAAGCGAGACUCAUCUUCCAAGUCCAGCCAUACGCAUUCUGACCCCCUGAUGGUGAAGAUUGAUCUCAGUUUGCUCUUCAGAGUCCCUCAGGGACCCAAACCAGCAAAACAGGCUCCUGGGGGCCACAGUAAGAAGUCUUCAGUGGAGAAGGGUGAUCUUGCCAAUGUUAAAGCUGCCAAGAAGAGACCUGCUGAUCCGACCGACAAGCAUGAGAAAUCUCUGCCCAAGAAGAAACUGAAGGUGGAAAAAGAGAGCAAGUCAUCGUCAUCCUCCCACCACAAUGCCAGUAAAGCAGAGGCACCCAAAAACAAUGGAGAGGAGAAGGAGAGAAAGAAAAGCAAGAAGAACCAUCCUCCUCUCCCUCAGCCUUCCUCUCAGGUGCCCGUGAAGGGAUCUGGUCUAAAGCGACGCCCCCCGGAGACCACAGAGGGAAGUGCAGUGCAGGAGAGCAGCGACAAAGUAAAGCACAAGAAGAGCUCGGGAAAACGGCCCGACCAUGCCAAAACUGGCAAGAAGGCCCCAAAGAGCAGCUUGUCUGUGCCAGAACCUGCCCAGUCAGCUGGAGCUCCAGCUAAACACAGACCUCUACUCAAGAUUGACGACAGGCCAUACCCUGUGGAGCAUCAUAUGAAGGAGGCCAAAAAACUGAAGCACAAAGCAGAUGCCAUGUCGGAUAAGCUAGGGAAAGCCUUUAACUACCUGGAUGCUGCAAUGUCCUUUGUGGAAAGUGGUAUCGCCAUGGAAACUGAUCCUCAGAAUCCCAAGUCAGCGUACACCAUGUUCUCAGAGACCUUGGACCUGAUCAAGUUUAUACUGAAACUAAAGAACUAUAUGGACCCAUCAGCCCCUGCAGCUGAGAGAGACUUUCUAGUUCUGUGUAUGAGAUGCCAAUCUCUGCUCCAGAUGGCAAUGUUCCGCUACAAAAGAGAAUCAGCACUUAAGUAUUCAAAGACACUCUCUGAACAUUUCAAGAGCUCUGCCAAAACAGUGCAAGCUCCCUCCCCCUGCAUCUUAAAAGGUGCAGGGACACCCUCCCCCAUGUCUCCCAUGCCCUCUCCGGCCAGUUCGGCCAGCUCUGGCCCAGGCUCGAACCACAGUGGUGGAACAGGCUCAGUCAACACUGUGGCCAUUCCCCAGGUCAUCCAGCAGGUGGCAUGCUGUUACGUCAACAUCACGGCUCUGUUUCUCAGCGCCCACGACACCUGGGAACAGGCCGAGGAGCUUGCACACAAAGGCAGGGGUCUUGUCUCUGAGCUGGACUCUGCUGUUGGCCAGCUCAGUUUGACCUCCAGUAUGAGCACACUUGUGCGUUACACUCGCCAAGGCCUUCACUGGCUCAGACUGGACACACAGGAGGCCCACUGACUGCCCAGCAUUGUCUGCUACCCAUCGGCUAACCCCCGUCUAGUUACAUUUGAUUUCUAUUCUACUCCGUAGGGGAUGCAGGAAAACCCCAUAUCACUUUGCACUUUGUAAUUAAUGAAACAAGUCCCUACUUUACUUCAGGUCUGUCUGGACAAAUCUAUCAUUUUGGUGGCCCUCAGAAGUGAAAUCAAGUCAUGGCCCAUUGGAUUUAUACCGAAAACAGUGUGUGUGUGUGUUUUUUUUUUUGUCAGUGAUCAACAAGCUUGGCAUAUCCGCUUAAAAUGUCAUUUGUCACAUGUCGGUCACCAAAACAACUGUUGUCACGCUUGCUCAUAGCAACCCUUAGUUCUGAAUGUUUUCUUUUUUUGGAUGAGUGCUUGUGAGCCAGAAAGAUGAAGAAACAGAGAGUGAGAAGAGGAGAGAGAGAGGCAUAUGAGUAAGCCAUAUGAAAUGUAUCUUCCUCUGUGUAGAACACUCAACCACAUUCUCUUACCAUGUACCGCUCUAUAUCCCUCAAAGUGAAUCCACACUGCAGCUCUUCUGUCUGAGCGGAGGUUUGGUAGUUUGGAUGAGACCAGGUGAACUGCACACUUCUUUGUACAUCAUGUCCUAACUCAGAGACGACUGAGGCUCCCCUGGAGCCCAGCUUUAUUAUCUCAUUUUUCCAUUUGCCUCAAGAAUGGUGAGGUGGAAAAAAACGAUCGACCAGGAAAGAAACAAUGGCCUCUGGAUAAGGACAAGCCAGUUAGUGGUGACAAGAUUAUUUGUGGGUAUCCUUACUCUUAAUACGAUUAUUAUUGAUUUAUUUGUGGUAAUAUUUUGACAUGUGAUGAAUUCAGUUUAAAUGAUGUUUUGUUUGGAUGGUCAAAAGCACCAGACACCAUUAGUAAUCUUAGUGGUUACACCACACGUAACCUGUUUAAAGGCAUGGACACGAGACAUUUCUAAAGAGCACAAAGCUCUGCAGAUCAACUUGUUCUUUUACUUUCCUUCAUCAAGUGCUGUUUUCACUGAAGUGACAUUUCAAAAUAUCACUUUAAGGGCACGAGUGCUGAAAGAAAACCCACACCCACUCGUCAACCCCACAAACGCUUUUUGAAGCCUUUUUUUUUAGGGUUUACAAUGAAGAGUAACUUCACUUGCUCCACAAAGAUGACAGAAUUCUUAUUAGACCAAAGCAUAUCCAAAUAUAAGCCCAGUGCCAGGAAUCGAUGUUUUUUAGAAUGUGGAACUUAUCAUGUGAUGAACAGAUUAGUUACACAGAGGAGGUAGAACUGUCUUAAGGUCGGGGACAGAUUGCUUUGAUACACAGGCCUUGCGCUUAAUGUCCACUCUGUUUUUCAACUCCUCGUUAAUGGAUCCAGUUGCUAUGAAAUGAGUGCCUUAUACCAUAGCUGUUGAUGGACAGUUCCUCUUUUUGCUGGGUAGAGUAAGUAUUGAAUGUAUCAGAGGCAGAAUUCAGUCUGUCAGCCCACAGUCUUGGAGAAUAUUCCUUGUUGCCUCAUAGUCUUUGAACCUGGCUCAGCUUAUCACCUUGUAUUAUCCAAACUGGGUUAGCUUGGUUAAAGUAACAACAGGGCAACAACACAGAAUUAUGUGAAAUUUCUUGUGGUCCCCAAGGACAGAGUUGACAAAUAUUGGUGUACAUGGUGAAUCCAAGCUUACAUGUUUAUCCCUGAGAAUGUUUUUGAAGGGGCCAUUUGAAGUUAAGAGUCAUUAUGUGCUUCUAACGCUUCCUUUUCUCUCAUGAACAUAUACUUAAAUAUUGUUGAGGAAGCUUAGAAGAUUAACAUUUAAGAAAUUGCUGUUUCUCCAUCCCUCCAGUGAAGAGGCUUAUAACAUCAGAACGUGAUGUAAAAUAAGCAAGACACCUGUGAGCAGUAUACUGACAGGAAAUGAUGCAUCUGUGAUCCCCCAGCUCGCUUCCUUUAGGAAGACUCAGUCAGGACCCAAACCUAGGGAUACAUUUUGGAACAACAUCCUCAAACAGUGUCAUCAUAUCUCCAAAGUUUCUGCCGCUGAAUGCGGCAUAAACCACUACUAGAGGUCAGAGCUGAAGGUGAUGAUUGAUUUGAAUCCAAUAUCUGACCUUUGAACCUUUUGAUUUGAGUGCCUAUUUUCACAGCUACCUGCACAGCUUUUAGUGAAUUGUCGGUGAACAGUGCUGUGGAAUGUUUGUGUUUCUUGUUUUGUUUCGUUUUGUUUUUCCCUUGUUUUUUUUUUUGGGGGGGGUUUUUUUGACAUUCGUCAUUGCACUUCAUAUCUGCUUUUAGUUCAAACUGAAACUAAUCAUUUUUGGGAAGACAUUUGGACACUAGCAUAGGAUGACUACAUUAAUGUGAAAAAUGCUGGCCAGGUUAGUCAAUAUGGUUUGGGUCUGGUGAGGCCAAGAUAGUUUAUAAAAGCUGUAUUUAAUUUUAUUGGCGGAUAUUUAUUGUUUCACAGUUUCUGUUCUUGACCAAGUAGAAAGUUCUAUUUAUUUAUUAAACAUUUAACAAUUUCCUGAUUUUUUUUUCAGUUGCUCCCUAAUGGUUUUAAACCUUUGAUUUAAAGGCUAAGGAUAGGAGUAAAUCCUUUCCCCCCCUGUGAAAGGCCAACAUCUAGACCCUUUGCACUCAUUCAAAUGAAAAGUAUUUCCAGUUUCUAUCAGUGUUCCCCCCCCCCCUUUCCUUUUUUUCUUUUUUUUUCUU